GCGGGUGUCUUUCAGGUCCGCUCGUCCAUACUGUGAACACACUCAUAGCUGAACCAUGAAUCUUGCACUCCAUAACCUGUUGGCUUGCUGCCAUCAGCUUGAAAGUGACAAAGCCAUGGAACGAAAGAAGGAAAUUGAAAAUUUCAAGCGUCUCCUCCGUGAUGCUGAAACAAUUCAACAGCUGGAUCGGAAUUCUGAUUCCAGACGUGAAAAGCAGCUGAACUGGGAUAAUGUAUUCAGCUUUCUGAAGAAAUACAUUAAAAAAGAAACUGAAAGUGCCAGGUUAGCAAAGCCAAAUGUAUCUGCCUCAACACAAGCAACAAGACAAAAAAAGAUGCAAGAGAUCAGCAGUGUGGUCAAAUAUUUCAUCAGAUGUGCCAAUAAAAGAGCACCCCGGUUAAAAUGUCAUGAUCUUCUGAUGUAUAUCACAGAUACAGUAAAUGAUCCAUCAAGUUGUGCUAUUUAUGGAGCUGAUUGUAGUAGCAUAUUGCUAAAGGAUAUUCUUGCAGUGAGGAAAUAUUGGUGUGAAAUAUCUUCACAACAAUGGGCAGAUCUCCAAAACCUGUACUUCAAAUUAUUUCUCAACACUUCCAGAGAUAUUAACAAAGUUUUGGUGGCUAGAAUAAUUUACACACUCACCAGAGGACUGUGUUUCCAAACUGAUGGGUUGAAUUCCAGUAUUUGUAACUUCUUCUCAAAAGUUAUGCAGUGUGCAAGACAAGAAAGAAACCCUGCAGGUCUCGAUCAUAUUUUUGCAGCCAUUAACGAAUUUAUCAGUGUAUUUGCGGUGAACUACCGUAUGCGGGUUUGUAAGCUGGGAGAAGAAAUUCUACCAAGUGUGCUUUACAUAUGGACUCAUUAUCGACCAAAAGAUUCCCUGAAGGAGCAGAUAAUUCAGCUAGUUCAGCUUCAGGUUCGUGUUCAUCAUCCAAAUGGAGCUAAAACAGAAGAAACAGGAGUGUGUGACUCAGCGAAAUGGCAAAGUAUUUUGUACAACCUGUAUGAUCUGUUAGCUAACGAGAUCAAUCUCAUUGGCAGUAGAGGAAAGUAUUCUUCAGGCUCACGCAGUACUGCUGUAAAGGAAAAUCUGGUUGAGUUAAUGGCUGAUAUUUGUCAUCAGGUCUUUACUGAAGAUAUCAAAGUCCUGGAGAUAACUCAGUCAUAUGCUGUUACACAAAGAGAAUGUGGAGAUGGAGAAGGACCUUCCAAACGUAGGAGAAUUGAACUGGGUUGGGAAGUGAUUUGGGACAACUUGCAAAGAUCACCGAAUAACUUUGAUGUCAUACCUUGGCUGCAGAUUACAACCAGAUUAAUAUCGAAGUACCCUAUGAGCCUUUCUCAGAAUGACCUGCACCAUUUACUCGGUAUACUUUACCAGCUACUACCUCAGCAGCGUCAUGGAGAACGGACACCUUAUGUGUUAAGAUGUCUUAAAGAGGUUGCAUUGUGUCAAAGCCAAAAAAAGGAUCUGAAUCUGACACAGAAAUUAGAGCUGCAGCGAACAUGGUCAAAAAUUUGGUCUCUUGUUGUUCGUAGCCUAAGUCUUCAACAAACUGAAAUGGAAAGCUUUGGGUUACUUGGAGUCAUGAUUCAAGGAAACUUAAUAACAAUGGAGAGAGAUGCUUGGAAAAUAUUUUCAGGUUCUGCAUGCAAGCCUUCAAGAUCUGCAGCACAGUGCUUGGCAUUAGCAAUGAUGACUUCAGAAGUGCCAGAAUCUUUGAAAACUGGGACAGUUCAGAAUAACUGGGAAGGAAGUACAGCUUAUACAUUAAAAGAAACUAUUAUGAAGUGGCUUCUCUUCUGCCAUGUGGAGGAAGAUAUGAGCGACAGUCUAGAGCUGCCUCCUAUUCUGUGCAGUGAUUUUCCUAAACUAGAGUUGCAGAAAAUCCUUGUAAGUCUGACUAUGAAAAAUUGUAGCACUGCAAUGGAUUUUUUCCACACUGCUUCAGAAUGUACGCAGCAUGCACAAUACAAAGAAGAAGCUAGUCUUUCAGAAAUUGAAGCAUUCUAUGUGCAGACAACUUUUGAUGAAAUCGAUAUUUUUAUGAAUGCAGCAGAUGAUAUAUCUGAAAACAAACUGUCUGGUUCCAGACUAAUUGUCAGUCAGAAGCUUAGAGAAGCCUUAGAGCGUGAUCUAUUGGUAAUGUCAGAACAACUUCUUCGUAGCUUUUCUCUUGAGACUACACCUGUAGAAUUCCUAGUGUGUUGCAUCAGUCUCUUGACUGGUGUUCUUGGUUGCUAUUGCUAUGCCGGCGUGCUGACGGAAGAGGAAGCAUGUAAAUCACAGCUUUUUCAUAAAGCUAAGUCUCUUAUUCAUUAUGUAGGAGAAAGCAUUUCUCAGUCUAAACAGAAGCUAAAUGAAGAUUCUAGGAUUAUUUCAUUGAGGACUUUAAUAGUACAAUGUGCUAGUUGCUUAUGUAACUGCACCCAGAACAGCCCAAGAAAGAGUGAGUGUGGCAUCUUCUUGCAUUUGUUAACAUCAAAGCUGAUGAAUAAUCUUGCAGAUAUUUGCAAACAUCUGAUGGUAUUUACUGGGAAGGCAAGUGAAGGUGGAGAAAUUGAUUUAAUGGAAGAUGAACCUGAUGAGAGUAGAAUGGAAGGAGAAAACCAAACAGUCUUAGAUCUGUUUGACGAUCACUGUGCUGAAACUGGCGAUGUCAAUGAGGGCGGAGAGUUGCAGACUUUGACAGGUGCCACAAGCCCAUUAUCAGAAGAACAUCUGACUAAGCAGGACUUGCUUCUCCUUGAUAUUUUAAAGUUCUUGUGCAUAGCUGUCACAGCAACCCCCAGGCCGACAGUCUGCUUCAGAGCUUCUGAAAUUCAGAGGAAACUCUUAAUGCUAAUUGAAGGAAAUGGAUUUGAUUAUAUUAAACCACUACAUCUGCACAUGUAUUUAGUCUUGUUGAAGGAGCUCCCAAGUGAAGAAAGUUCCUUGCCAGAAGAUCAUAUUGUCUCCCUUCUCAAGCCUCUUCCGGAUAUAUGCUCCUUUUAUCGUCGAGAUCAAGAGGUUUGUUCAUCGAUUUUACACCAUCUCCUUCCUAUGGUGAAUGCUUUGGGCACUGUCAGAACACAUACUGAAGAUUUAAGUGAAGCCCAGGGUCAAUUUUUAACUGUCGUUGGAGCAUUUUGGCACUUAGCAAAUGGAGGGAAAUGCACAGCUCCAGUAAGAAUAGCUUUAGUGAAAUGUAUGAAAGCUUUACUUCAGGUUGAUGCUCAUUCCAAAUGGGCAGUGCUUAAUGUUAAACAGGAAAAUUUACCUGUGAGUGAUGCUUUCCCCAACUUCCUUGCAGAUAGCAACUUUCAAGUUUGCAUGGUUGCAGCUAAGUCAAUAACCAGUUUGUUUCAAGAUGUGAAAAUGAGAGAUUCUACUGGCCUGCUGAAAGCUCUUCCUUUGAAGCUCCAGCAAAGGGCUUUUGACAACUUAUACCUCAAAGUUCAAGAAGGAGCAAAUAAAUUGGCAAACAGCACUGGGAGUGAACAGAAUCUUCCUGAUGAAGAAUAUAAUAGAAAAUCAGUUCUCCUCAUGUUAAUAAUUAUGGUAUUACGUUGCAGUCCUGUGUGUGAAAAGCAGGCAUUGUUUGCUAUUUUUCAGUGUGUAAAAAAGAAUGGAUUAGAGCCUAAGCUUGUAACAAAGGUAUUAGAAAGAAUUUCUGGCACUUGUGGCUAUAAAAGGGUAGAGGAUUUCAUGAAUACCCACUUAGAUUAUCUUAUUCUAGAAUGGCUGAACUGUGGCUACAGUCUUUCUGUUUUUCCGUAUGUUUUAUUGAAGUAUAAAACUUUGGAGGAGUUCUACAGAUCCUGUUACAAAGUUUUGAUUCCACAACUGGUAGUUAAAGACCAGUUUGAAGCGGUAAAAUUGAUUGCUAACAAGAUUGAAAGAGAGCAGCAGCAGCUUCUGGCACAUUGCUUUCCCAAAAUACUAGUUAAUAUUCUGCCUUACUUUGCCUACCAAAAUCAUGAAGAUGGUGACAUUGCACAAAAGAGAGAUACGGCUUCUAAGGUUUAUGACAAACUGAAAGAUGAAAACUACUUAGGAAAACAGCUGAUAGAGAAUUUAUUUCAUGGUAAUUUGCCAGAGAUUGUAGUAGAGGUGUUGAUGACCUUACAUGAGCCAGUACAUAUCAAGGCAGGCGAAGAUGUUGACCUAAUGAGAUUUACAGGAGAUCUGGAUCCUACUCCGAAUCCCCCUCAUUUUCCAUCAUACAUCAUCAAAGAAACAUUGGAUUACAUUAGCAGUUGUCAUAAAACAAAGUCAAAAGGUCUUGUAGGAAUUCUUUCCAAAAACCCUGAGUCAUUCCAGAAAAUCUUACUUGCCAUAUGUAAGCAAGCAUCUGGAUCAAGUAAUAUUUACAAAAGACAUAGAAUCCUUAUGAUAUAUCAUUUUUUUGUAAAUUUAUUAUUGAAAGAGAUAAAAGGUGGUUUAGGAGGAGCAUGGGCUUUCGUACUUCGGGAUGUGAUUUAUACUAUGAUUCACCACAUCAACAACAGGCCUAUACCACUCAAAGGAGUAUCCCUCCGAAGCUUCUUGCUGUGUCUUGACCUUCUCAAUCGUGUUUGCCAAACAGCAGUCAAAUAUUGUGGGGAUGCCUUAGGGAGUCACCUCCAUGUUGUUGUGGGUACAUUAAUACCUAUAGUUGGAGACCAACCUGAGGCCCAAGAAGAGGUCUUGGGCUUAUUGAAGUACUUAGUGAUCGAUAAUAAGGAAAAUGAAAAUCUGUACCAAGCAAUCAGACAUCUAGAUCCUUUUCCUGAUCAUCCCGCUUUUAAAGAACUGCGUGCUACUCAGCAAAAAAUAAAAUACAGUAGAGGGGAAUUUUCUCUCUUGGAGGAAAUUAAUCAUUUCCUAUCCAUAAAUAUCUCGGAUUCACUGCCAUUGACAAGACGUGAAGGUUUAAAUGAUUUGCGUAAACAACUUGAAGAACAUAAAGAACAAAUGAAGGACCUUAUGAAAGAAUUUCAGGAAAACCCCAAAGACUGUGUAAUAGUGAAGUUGAUGACAUGCUUUUUACAACUUUCAAAAACAGCUGUAAACUCUACUGAUACUGUCUUGGAGGCAGUUGGAAGUUGUUUGGGAGAAAUUGGUCCUAUCAAUUUUUCUACCACAGCUUUGCAGCACAGUAAAAGUGUGUCCUGCUCAAGUGCAGUUGAUCUGUUUGAAGACAGAGAAUUUCAGUGGGUUUUCAUAAUGUUAACUUUCAUAAAUAAUGCUUUAAUAGAUCAAUGUAUUGAAGUUCGAUCAGUGGCUACUUCUUGUUUGAAAAAUGUUUUAGCCACCAAAACCGGACAUGCAUUUUGGGAGAUUUACAAAAACAAAGAAGAUACUAUGAUGAUAUACCUGCAUCCUUUCAGAGUGUCUACGAAAAGGUUCUUGGAGGUGCCUGAAAAAGCAAGAGAAACCCUUUCGGACGAUCUGGCUAAUGCAAAUCUAUGGAUUCCACAGAGUGAAAGUCAUGAUGUUUGGAUUAAGACCUUAACAUGUGCAUUAUUGGAUAGUGGAGGGGUAAAAAGUGAGACCCUUCUGUUACUGAAGCCCUUGUGUGAGGUUCAAACAGAUUUUUGUCAGACUGUUCUUCCGUACUUGAUUCAUGAUAUUCUGCUUCAUGAUUCAAAUGAUUCUGGGCAAACUCUUUUGUCCACACACAUUCAGAUGUUUUUCACCACCUGUUGCAAACAUGCAUUGACUCCCAGCAGGUCAUCUACACCUGCAAAUUCAGAUCCAGAUUCAGAACCCCUUAUUCAUGGAAGUUUGGAUAAAGUAUCUCGAAAAACUAUGCUUGCUGUGGUUGACUACUUAAGACGGCAAAAGAAGAAUCCUUCAAGUACAGUCUUCGAAGACAGCUUCUGGCUGGAGCUUAACUACCUUCAGGUUGCCAUGGCAGCCCAGUCUUGUGCAGCUCACUUCACAGCUUUGCUCUAUGCAGAAAUCUAUGCAGAUAAGAUAAACUUAAGCAAGCAACAGAAAAGGUCUACUUCCAAAGCAGUUAAACAUCUAACAUUUGAGGAAGGAAGUCAGAAUUCUUCUUCAUCACUUACUUCUUUGAGCAACAAGAGUAAAGAAGAAAUUGGAAUAAGUUUGCAGGAUCUUCUCAUGGAUAUAUACAGAAGUAUUGGAGAACCGGAUAGUAUCUAUGGCUGUGGUGGAGGAAGAAUGCUAGAGCCAUUAGCUAGGAUAAGAACAUAUGAACAUGAAGCAGUGUGGGGAAAAGCCCUGGUAACUUAUGACCUUGAAACGAACCUCCCACCAUCAACUCGACAGGCAGGAAUAAUAGAGGCCUUACAGAACUUUGGGCUAUGCGAUACACUCUCCGUCUACUUAAAAGGGUUGGAACAGGAGAAUGAAGAAUGCUCUAUGGAAUUACAAGAGAUUCGUUUUCAAGCAGCUUGGAGGAAUAUGCAAUGGGAUCAGACCUCUUCUGCAAAAGACGAAACGGGAGGACGAGGCUACCAUGAAUCACUGUAUGAUGCUCUGCAGUGUUUAAGGGACAAGGAAUUCUCUACUUUUUGUGAAAGACUGAAGUUUGCCAGAAUCAAGGAAGUAGAAGAGCUGUCUAAAGGUCGUCUUGAAUCUGUAUAUUCAUUGCUACCUACACUCUGCAGACUACAGACCAUUGGAGAGUUGGAAUACAUAGGACGCUUCUCUGGAUCACUUACUGCCAAUGAACUGAAUUACAUGUAUCUGAAGUGGCAGAAACAGUCCCAGCUUCUCCAGGACAGUGACUUUAGUUUCCAGGAGCCUAUCAUGGCUCUGCGCACAGUGAUUCUGAAGAUCCUCUUGGAGAAGGAAAGUGAGAAUGCCAAAAGGGAAUGCAUUAAAAACAUCCUCAUCAAACAUCUUGUGGAGCUGUCCAGGCUGUCUCGAGUGGCAAAGAAUACACAACUUCCAGAAAGGGCAAUGUUUCAAAUUAAACAAUUCAGCCCAACAAGACAUGGGGUAUCUGAGUGGCAACUAGAGGAAGCUCAAGUUUUCUGGGCUAAAAAGGAAGAAAGCUUAGCACUGAGUAUUCUAAAGGAGAUUAUCAAGAAAUUGGAUGAAGAUUCAUUCCAGGUGGAGAACAACGAAAGCCUAAGAUUAAUUUACACAGAAUGUCUGAGAUUAUGUGGAAGCUGGUUAGCAGAGACUUGUUUAGAAAAUCCUACCGUCAUUAUGAAGAACUACUUGGAAAAGGCAGUAGAGGUUGCUGGGCACCAAAAUGGGGACGGCACUGAUGACCUAAAGAGCGGUAAAAUGAAGGCUUUUCUGUCUCUGGCUCGUUUUUCGGAUACUCAGUACCAAAGAAUUGAGAACUAUAUGAAAUCAUCAGAGUUUGAAAACAAGCAAGCUUUAUUGAAGAAAGCCAAGGAGGAAGUUGGACUUCUAAGGGAACAUAAAUUACAAACAAACAGAUAUACUGUCAAAGUUCAACGGGAGCUAGAACUGGAUGAAUGUGCAAUUCGUGCUCUGGGAGAAGAUCGUAAACACUUCUUGUGCAAAGCCAUUGAGAACUACAUCAACUGUUUACUGAGCGGGGAAGAGCACGACAUGUGGAUCUUUCGGCUUUGUUCCCUCUGGCUUGAGAACUCUGGAAUUUCUGAAGUCAAUGCGAUGAUUCAGAAGGAGGCAAAGAAAAUACCAUCCUACAAGUUCUUGCCUCUGAUGUACCAACUGGCUGCUCGAAUGGGAACCAAGGCGAUGGGAUUUCAUCAAAUUUUGAAUAAUCUUAUAGCUAGGAUUUCUUUAGAUCAUCCACAUCACACUCUGUUUAUAAUCCUGGCAUUGGCCAAUGCCAACAAGGACGAACUCUUGACAAAGCCAGAAGAAGGAUUAGCCAGAAGAAGCAGGCUCACGAAAAACACACCAAAGGAAACUUCUGCUCUUGACAUGGAUCGAAUGGAUGCUGCUAGCAAUAUAAUUAACUUUAUAAAAAGCAAAAGAGCUAAUUUGGUGGCAAAUGUUGAAACCCUUUGUGAUGCUUAUAUCACUUUAGCAAACCUGGAUGUGGCUGACUGGAAAUCACAGAGAAGAGCCAUAAAUAUCCCUUCUGGUCAACCUAUUACUAAGCUAAAGAAUCUAGAAGAUGUUGUUGUACCUACCAUGGAAGUUAAGGUGGAUCCGAGUGGGAAGUAUGAAAAUUUGGUUACGAUACGGUCAUUCAAGCCAGAAUUUCGCUUAGCAGGAGGUCUUAAUUUACCAAAAAUAAUAGAUUGUAUCGGAUCAGAUGGGAGAGAGAGGAGGCAACUUGUCAAGGGCCGUGAUGACCUGAGACAGGAUGCUGUUAUGCAACAGGUUUUCCAAAUGUGCAGUACUCUGCUCCAGCAAAAUACCGAAACUAGAAAGAGAAAAUUGACUAUCCGCAGAUAUAAGGUGGUUCCCCUCUCUCAAAGAAGUGGUGUCUUAGAGUGGUGUGCAGGAACAAUUCCUUUGGGCGAUUUCCUUGUCAAUACUGACAACAGUGCUCACAAACGAUACAGGCCAAAGGACUAUAGUAGCUUAGACUGCCAAAGGAAAAUGAUGGGCGCACAAAAGAGAGAUUUUGAAGAGAAAUAUGCCCUCUUCAUGGAUAUAUGCCAGAAUUUUCAACCUGUAUUUCGCUAUUUCUGUAUGGAAAAAUUCCUUGAUCCAGCAGUGUGGUUUGAGAAACGGUUGGCAUAUACUCGCAGUGUUGCCACUUCAUCAAUAGUUGGCUACAUACUUGGUCUUGGAGAUAGACACGUACAGAAUAUUCUUUUGGAUGAGCAGAGUGCAGAACUCGUGCACAUCGAUCUAGGUGUUGCUUUUGAACAGGGCAAAAUCCUUCCUACUCCAGAAACUGUACCUUUUAGGCUAACAAGAGAUAUAGUAGAUGGGAUGGGCAUCACUGGUGUAGAGGGAGUCUUCCGGAGAUGCUGUGAAAAAACUAUGCUGGUUAUGAGAAAUUCCCAAGAAGCUUUGCUAACUAUUGUAGAGGUACUUCUAUAUGACCCUCUUUUUGACUGGACCAUGAACCCUCUAAAAGCUUUGUAUCUCCAGCAAAGGCCAGAGGAUGAGGCUGACGUCAGCGCCAGCCUCAAUGCUGCUGAUCAGGGGUGCAACAAAAAAGCAAAUGGUGAUAACCAGACAUUUAAUAAAGUGGCAGAGCGAGUCCUGAUGCGACUUCAAGAGAAACUUAAAGGAGUGGAAGAGGGAACAGUUCUCAGCGUGGGAGGUCAGGUGAACCUUCUCAUACAGCAAGCCAUGGACCCGAAAAAUCUCAGUCGCCUCUUUCCAGGGUGGAAAGCGUGGGUGUGACGAUGUGUGGUCAAAAGUGAGAAAGUUUGAUUUUGGAAGAAAAAUGUCGAGCAUUUCACAUUUUAAUGUUUCCUGGUGAAAAUGAAGUGCACAAAUGUUGGUUUGAAAACAAUUGAGCUAGGAGAUUCUAUGUUUGACUAUUUAAAAAAAAACAUGUUGUAAUCCUUUCCUCGUUCCACAUAGUUAGUCAAGGGCAAGGUUGGGGAAGGAUUUGUCUUUCACUUGGAUUGGAAUGCGGGGCAUAUGGCUCAAUUGGUCUUGAACUCAAAAAAGGAGGAAAACCAUGUAAUUUUAGAAAGUUAAUGCUGCUGUAAUACAGUUUAACAAAACUGACAUAAGGAAUGGCAAUACUUUUUCAAUAAACCCCACUAAUUUUACAGCCCAGGAAUGUUGUUACAGGAUAGUACUGUUCUUUGUUGUUACUGUAUUUAAAAUGAUCAGAACUGACUUCAAACUUAGUAUUUAGAUUUGUACAAUGAGCACCUUACCUUUCUGCUAUACAAUGUACUUCACUACCAUCACACUGAAGGGCGUGUACUCAGGCAGCAGAUGUGUAGAACUGUUGUUGAGCAGAAAUAUCCAUGCAUAGUAAUAAUGCCAUGCACCCUAGCUAUAGAAGUACCUGGGAGAUCUAUUUAUGGCAUGGGGAAAGUAUAUGUACUGCCUUGCUUUAAACUCAGGGACAAGAAAUUUAAAUUUUACCCUUUAAAUAUCAUAUAUAAAACUGACAUACAGUAAGAACAUGGCCCAAAAUAAAUCUGCGUUUUAGUACUAGGAAAGAAAAAUAUGUGUUUAUUUAAAAUUUUAUGCACAAUGAUCUUCAUAUGCUGACAGUGGAUUACUUUCACCAUUGUUAUUUAUGCCUGUAAUUGACUUUGGUAUAAUCUACCCAGUAUCCAUGGCAAUACUGUUUGUUUUAUAAAUGCUGAUAUACUUUUUUUUUACAAAUUAAAGAAUUCAAAUGAAAUUUUUAGCAUAAGCUAGCAAAAUCUUGCAUGUGUAAAUGGUACUUUAAGCUUGUGCUCUAUCAUGGAAAUAGUGGCCUUAUCCUACAUUUCAUUUUUUAAAAAAGUUCAAUUUAAUUUCUAAUGGCUUGUUUCAAAGAUGCAAGUUAGUCUCUUUCUCCCUGUCCUGACAAUUCUGAUAAUGCAUGUUGAAGCCUGCAGGAAAAAACUCAGGGGACAUUAUAAAUUGAAAUGAAGUUCCUAGGUAAGCUGAAAUAUGUAAAACCGUAGCUUUGCUUUUUUAUAUCAUACUACUUUCUGGAAUGUAUAUAU